ACUAACUAAGCUUCAUCACACUCUCCAUCAACCCCAAACCCCCCUUUUACAUCUCUAGGGUUUUCAUUCAAAGAUCACACUCUCCUUUCCAGGAAAUUUAUGUGAAUAAAUCAUCACUAUGGGCUGUUUUCAGUCCAAAACUGCCAAUGUUCAAUCUCCUGACCAGGUUCCUGAAUCCAAACCAGAUCCAGGUGAUGGAGAGCAAGGAUUAAGUCAACAGGAUCAAGAGCAAGCAGUCCCUGCAUUCAAGGAGUUUGAACUUGCGGAGCUUCGAGCUGCUACAAAUGGGUUCAGCAGUGAGCUUAUAGUAUCGGAAAGUGGAGAGAAAGCUCCCAAUGUGGUUUAUAGAGGAAAACUUCGUAGCAAUAAAGUCGUUGCCAUUAAGCGUUUCUCCAAGCUCUCUUGGCCCGACCCACAACAAUUUGUGGCAGAAGCUGCUGGAGUUGGCAAGGUUAGGCAUAACAGAUUGGUGAAUCUAAUUGGCUGUUGUGCGGAGGGAGAUGAGCGUCUUUUAGUGGCCGAAUACAUGCCCAAUGAUACACUCUCAAAGCAUCUGUUUCACUGGGAUAAACAGCCUUUGCCAUGGGAAAUGCGUGUUAGAGUUGCAUAUCAUAUUGCACAAGCACUUGAGCAUUGCAAUGCAGAAAAUCGGAAAAUCUAUCAUGAUCUGAAUGCCUAUAGGGUCCUGUUUGAUGAGGAUGGUGACCCCCGCUUAUCUAGUUUUGGUUUGAUGAAAAACAGUCGAGAUGGGAAGAGCUAUAGCACUAAUCUUGCUUACACUCCUCCCGAAUUUUUGCGCACAGGCAGGGUCAUUCCAGAGAGUGUGAUUUACAGUUACGGAACUGUCCUGCUGGAUCUUUUGAGCGGAAAGCAUAUCCCUCCAAGCCAUGCAUUGGAUUUAAUACGGGGGAAAAAUGUUUUGUUGCUGAUGGAUUCAUCCUUGGAAGGACAAUAUGCUGAUGAAGAUGCAACAGCGAUGGUGGAACUUGCUUCAAAAUGUCUUCAAUACGAGGGUAGAGAUCGUCCGGAUGUCAAAUUUCUUCUUACAGCAGUGGCACCCCUUCAAAAGCAGAAAGAGGUUGCAUCACAUGUGUUGAUGGGUCUGACAAAAACUCCAGUGGUUGUUCCAACCUUACUCUCUCCUCUUGGCAAGGCAUGUGCACGAAUGGAUCUUACUGCAGUGCAUGACAUUUUGCUAAAAACGGGAUAUAGAGAUGAAGAGGGGGCUGAAAAUGAGCUGUCAUUUCAAGAAUGGACCCAGCAAGUGCAAGAUAUGCUAAAUACGAAGAAGUUUGGAGAUAUUGCAUUUAGGGACAAAGAUUUCAAUGGUGCGGUUGAAUACUACUCAAAGUUGGUUUCGAUGAUGUCCGUCCCUUCGGGUACCAUCUUUGUGCGGCGGGCCCUCUCAUACUUGAUGAUCGGACAACCAGAGCUUGCAUUGCGAGACGCAAUGCAAGCUCAAGUAUGCUUGCCGGAAUGGCCAACCGCCUUUUACAUGCAGGCUUUAGCUCUCUCAAAACUCGGAAUGGAAACUGAUGCUCAAGAUAUGCUCAAUGACGGGUCCUCCUUCGAGGCAAAGAGGCAAAACAGCUGGCGCAACUAAAAAAUUACGUAAUAACUUGUGAUUAAGCCAAUGCUAUGUAGCCUCCGCAAACGCUCGCUUGAUUUGAGGUAAUGUUUAUUUGAAAUUACUAGUUGCGAUUCUGUUUAGACUACAGCUUUCGAUAUGAAUUAGCAUUGUAUAAAUCGAUUCUAAAAUGCUGGAAAAAAAAUUAGCAUUCGAGUUAUUAUGUAAUUUUUGUGCCAUUUGCU